GAAUAUCGAUACUUCUAAAAUUCCCUCUAUGCAGGAUCUCGCAAAUGUGAUAGUGAUGCUGAGCAUGAGGCCUGCUGAAGUAUCAUCUCUCCAGAUUAUUAAUUACAAACCAGAUUCCGAAGAUCUACCAGCGUGGUAUAAAGCUGGUUAUUCUUGGUAUUGCACUAGAUGUCGCAAACAGAGAGAUAAACUGAUGCCUAUGCGCUUACUCUUUAUGGAAAAGGAUCCAGAACGUGCUAGGGAAUUACUUACCUGGAUUCAAGACGCUAUUAAGGCUGGGAAGUUGCAUGAUCCAGUUUAUACUGAAACUGGAAAGUGUAAUAAUGUGCCAUUUGCCAAAUUCAUAAAGAGUUUAAAAACUAAUCAGGACAAAGAUGAGAUUACCCCUGAGCUUCUAAGAAAAAUAGGAGCUAAACACGCCUCGAUGGUUCAUGCCGGUCCAAAUCCAACCCCUCAACAUCUCAACAAUCUUUCAGAAAUCGCAUUAAGACAUAAAAUUAACCGUCUUGAUGCGGGGAAAAAUUACGCUUUAGGUGAUCCAGAAUCGAAGGAGCCCAUAUCUGAUUCUGAAAAUACACCAAGCCUGGUACCUCAGCCUAAAAGAUAGCAGAAAUUGAUUCAAUGUUAGCUGGUUUCUAAAAUUAUGUGAUUAAUAUAUUAUUCGAGAUCCUGCCAAAAUGAGGCAGGAUUUUUUUAGUCCGAUCCUACAAUAAUCAUCAACCCUGAGUGGUAAUCUUCAGCUUGGAAGAUUUUGAAAAAAAUGUUAAGUAAUAUAGACAAAAUGUCCCUUAUUUUUCAUAUUCGUUCGGAAAAAGAAUAGAUUAAUUGAAUUGGAUAAAUUAUCAUGCAUGGCUAAAAAAUCAAGAAAUAACAGGCGCAAGACAAUGGGUAAGUUUACUACUAAUCCCACACAAUAUUUGCCCCUAUGCAAUCCAGCCAAAUAUGAGCACACAUAUGAUAGGGCAACCUGCUUUAUCACUGUCAAGAAUAAAAGACAGGAUAGGAUUGUAGGCGUGUUCGAUUAUCCCGAGCUGAGUGAAUAUCUGGGAGUUCGAUCCAACUAGUCCGGAGCGGUGAUCAUCAGCUCGGAAGAAUUU